AUGCACCCUGGCAACAGUCAUGAAGUAUCCAAAAUAGCAUCGAAAGAAUGGGAAAAUAAAACGCUAGACCUAGACGCUUUUCUCAAAAGUUAUACAAAGAAGAAAAUUCAUUCCUCUAAACGAGCACUUAAACCUGCCGUCUCUUCGAAACGAACUCUUAAAACUUCCGUCCCUUCGAAACGAGAACUUAAAACUGACGUCACUUCGAAACAAGUAAGCUCUGCGGACAUGAUCACGAAUAAAGUUUGUGCCUCUAACCAAGUGGUUAAGACUACCGUCUCUUCGAAGCAAAUAAUCUCGGUAGACAUGUUCAUUAACGGAAUUCCACCAACUCCUAUGCAACGUACGGUACCUGAUCAGGCUUUCAAUAUAAUUGAAGGUAAUAAUAAUGUAGUCUAUGAUAAUAACAGUAAUGAUUAUAAAGA